UAAAGGAGUCGUCGUUGACUAAAGGAACAAUGGUAAGAAUGAACUCCAUACACCCCACCCCGUACAAGGGACCGUGGUCAAUGAGAUCUGAAAUCAAGCUCAUACCCCAAAGUUCCAGACCGAUCUGAGUCUCCAUACCGCCGGAGACCGUGCCGUUCCGACGCCUUUGGCCCGUGUCCGGCUGCGAUUUCCCCCCAGGUUUGACGUAUCAGCAUUCCUUCAGUCUAUUACUUGAAAUUGAUUAAUUAACUUGGUGGGAAUGUCGCCUGGGUCUCACUUUAACCACCAAGGAUCUCCAAAAAUGCUUCCGCCUCGCCAACAGCCUCGCCCGGGUGGGUUGCAGACUAACUUAUCCUUGGUCCCAUCAGAUGCUUGUGGUUCUCCCAAUCUCCAAGAGCGCGGCUCAAAUUCGGAUCAGAUUCGGGAAUCCCCCUCUGAAAGCGCUAGCUCUCGUGAAACAUGGCCUACACCUGAUCCUUUGGUAGGGAAGAAAAUGGACAAGGAGAAAGAGAACGGCUUUGCUGAGAAUGGUGUCGUCCGCCAUAUAUCAAGCUCGGACAAGAUGUCUCUUCAAGAUGUUGCGCGAGAACGGGUGGAUCUAAUAGCAGAUAGAAUGCAACACCUCCCCGAUGAGUAUCUGGAAAAGUUCAAAGUUGAACUCCGGGCUCUUCUUGAAGGACUAGGUGGUUCUCAGCAUAGAGAUGAGUUCCUAUUUUUGCAGAAAUUAGUUCAGAACAGGGGCGAUUUGACUGGGAAAACACUGAUUAUGGCUCACAGAGCGCAGCUAGAAAUCCUAGUAGCUAUUAAGACUGGGAUUCAAGCAUUUCUACAUCCCAGUGUUAGCCUCUCACAGGCCUCUCUGGUUGAUAUUUUCUUGUACAAGAAAUGUAGAAACAUAGCCUGUGGAAGUAACCUUCCAGCUGAUGCCUGUUCUUGUGAGGUUUGCUCUAAGAGAAAUGGUUUCUGCAACCUUUGUAUGUGUGUGAUAUGUAACAAGUUUGAUUUUGAGGUUAACACAUGUAGAUGGAUUGGCUGUGAUCAAUGUUCCCACUGGACCCAUACUGAUUGUGCUAUUCGAAAUGGGCUCAUUGGGAUGGGGCCGUCUGCUAAGAAUGGCUCUGCUGAAAUGAUUUUUAGGUGCCGUGCUUGCAACAGGACAUCUGAGUUGUUAGGGUGGGUAAGAGAUGUUUUCCAACACUGUGCACCAAACUGGGAUAGGGAAGCUUUUAUAAGAGAAUUUGAUUAUGUUAGUAGAAUUUUCCGCGGAAGUGAGGACCCAAGAGGCCUUAAACUGUUCCUGAAGUGUGAGGAACUCAUAGGAAAGCUGAAAAGUGGUGCAGCUGAACCUGUGGCCUGCAAAGUUAUCUUGUCGUUCUUUCAAGAGCUUGAGGUCGAUUCGUCCAAGAGUCAAGAUAUAGAUGAAGCUGGGCGCCUGAUAGCCCCGCAGGAAGCAUUCACCAAGAUUGCUGACGUUGUCCAGGAAGCCAUCAGAAAAAUGGAGAUGGUAGCUGAGGAGAAGAUGCGGAUGGUAAAGAAAGCCCGCAUGGCUUUCGAAGCAUCUGACCAGGAGCUAAAGGAUAAAGCUAGGGAAGUAGCUGCACUAAAGAUGGAGCGGCAGCGAAAGAAGCAGCAGAUUGAUGAGCUGGAAAGCAUUGUGAGGCUCAAACAGGCAGAGGCCGACAUGUUUGACCUUAAAGCUGGCGAAGCUAGACGAGAAGCCGAUAGGCUGCAGAGGAUUGCGCUUGCCAAGACAGAGAAGUCCCAAGAAGACUACACUAGCAGGUAUCUCAAGCAAAGGAUGAGUGAAGCCGAAGCCGAGAAGCAGUAUUUGUUUGAGAAAAUCAAACUCGAAGGGAGUUCCAGAGUGGCUUCACACAGCAAUGGGGCCGGGGGGAGUGACCCGUCACAGGUGAUGAUGUACUCUAAGAUUCAAGAUUUACUUAAUAACAUGUAAUUUUUCACAUAAGAAUGAGAGCAAAAAUUCUAUAACCUGCUUUCUCCUAUAAUUUGUAACAUACGUACCUACUAUGGUGUUUAUUUACUGUCCAUGGUUUGGACUUGUGCACUUUAAUUGUGUUGAGCAACUCUAAGUGAGCCUUUUGUUGUCGGAACAGUUAGACAUAGUGGAGGUGAAAGGCUUGGUUUCUCCUUAUAUGAAAAUAUGAAAUGUAGGUAGGUAUCUUCAAGAUGAC